AUGAAAGACGCAGAGAAGAAGAGUUUGAAGAAUGAAAUCAAUGUAUUGGAAGAGAAGUUGAAUGCAAUGCGCGAACAAAAUGAUGAGAGAAUCAAAUUAGAGAUUCUUAAGAAAGACAGAAGUGAUAGACAACGCAAAGUGGAUGAAGUGUCAGAAGUGCACAGCGAUGUCAUGCAAACUGUCGGUGCCAUUGAUGGCGAGUUCUACUCUUCACUAGAGAACCAUAUUAUGACAAUUAAUCAACAAUUGGAAAAGAAAUUGAAUGAAAUCUCGAAGAAGGAGAACGAAUUGACGUCCGAAGAGACAAAAGUGCAGAUCAAGAAUAAUGAGUUGAAAACGAAAAAGAAAAACGUCAAGGACUUUGAGACCAAAAUCAAAGCAUUUUGUACUAUAGAUUCAUUUGAGACCAAUUUGACUGCCGCUGAAACAGAGCUUAAAGACUUGAGAAAUAGUUUCUCUGGAAUGGAAAACAACGAACCGUUUCUUAGGGCACAAAUCCAUUCAAUUGAGAGCACCGACUGUUGUCCUGUUUGUGAAAAAAAGACAUUCAUUCAAAAGGAGAAAAUGAUUAUAAAUAAGCAAAAGAAUGAAUUGAAUUCAUUGCGAACCGUCUCACAGGACGCCAACGAAUACGACAAGAGUUGGGCUGAGAUUCACGAAUUGAACAAAAAGAUCGAUUCCAUUGAUUUGAGUCAAGAUUUCGAGUCCGAAAGUAUCGACCAUUUAAAUAAAGAUUUGCAGCAAAAGAAAGCAAAUUAUGACGAAAUCGAGUCGAAGAUCAAUGCGAACCAAAAGAUUAUUUCUCAACACUCUGACAAUUACAACAAAAAGCAAAACUCUUUACAAAGUUGUGAGCGAAAGAAACUUGAGUUAGAAAAACGCGAACACGAGAUGACUAACCAUAAGACAAAAGUGGAAGAACUCAAGACAGAGAUCGCUUCUUUGGACGAGAGUAUAACGGAUUCACAGCUGAAGGUUAUGGAAGUGGAACCAAAAACCCGUGAAAUCGAGGCUCAAAUCAAAGAGCGAAACAAUCAGUUGACAGAAAUUGAACAAAAAAUUAAUGUUAAGAUUAAUUUGAUUAAAGAUAAGCAGAAAGAUAUCGAAAGAUUGAAUAAAGAGAUCGAAACGUAUGUCCAAAAAGGAAAUUCAGACAAAACGGCUGAAUUGAACGCUAAGAUGACUGAAAACCAAAAAGAAAUGUCAGGUCUGGAGAGCGACAGACAGUCUUUGCGAUCAGAAAUCAGUCGAUUGUUUGCAGAGAUAUCGGGCGUUGAGAUGAAGAAAAGAGAAUUGAGUGAUAAUUUGAUGUCUUUCGAACUCCAGACUGAGAUCAGUAGUGAUGUUCGUCGUCUGAAAGGAGAGGAGGAGAAGAUGGGAUUCAAUAACAUAUUAGAACUGAAGAAAAAGAAGACUGAAUUGCAGAGAGACGUGAAGAACGAGGAGUCGAAAGUGACUCAAUCGCUAAGCAAACAGACGCCUAUCAUUGAAAUUAUGUCUACUCUGGAAAGGGAUGUGAUGUCUGAACCGUUCAAAAGCGCUGACAUUAAAUACAAACAGAAAGCCAUUGAUUAUGCCAUCAGUGAGAUCGCGGGCGACGACUUGAAUAAGUACUACAAAGCACUCGAUUUCUCGGUCUCUGAGUUUCACCGCAAGAAGAUUGAAGAACUGAAUAAAUUGAUUAAAGGUUUGUGGAGACAGUCCUAUAGAGGACUGGACAUCGACUACAUUAAGUUAGUGACCGACGAGUCCGAGAGGAGCGCUAACGACAAGCGCCGGCAUUACAACUAUCGGGUGGUUAUGGUUAAGGCGAACACCGAAAUGGAUAUGAGGGGCCGGUGUAGUGCCGGGCAGAAGGUGUUGGCCUGUCUUAUCAUACGACUGGCGUUGGCCGAGAUCUUCAGCUCCAACUGUCAAGUGCUGGCAUUGGAUGAGCCGACCACUAAUCUGGACUCCGAUAACAUCGCGUCGUUCGCCACCGCCAUCACCGAAAUCGUCAAAUACCGCAACAAAUCCAAGAAUACGUUUCAGUUGAUUAUCAUUACACACGACGAAGAGUUCUUGAGAUGUCUGGACUCAGUACCAGAGGCGGGUCAGUACUACUAUAGAGUCUACAAAAAUGAUUCCGGUGUCAAAUGUGAGACAAACACAGGGUUUGUGCGGCACUUGAGGUCACACCUGAGGAAAGGUGUGGACGAACCCAAGUAUUUGGAUUAUCUGAAGCCACAGAUCCCGUACUAUCCACUCAUAAACAUCCAGGUCCGUGGAUACGAUUACGUGGUUCUCGAGAGUUAUGGCAAAUAUUUGCACAAUUUAUUGAACAAAUUGGGGGUAAAUGUUGUGCAGUACUGGUGUUCACCCCUUCAGUCCAUUCGUUACGACUCAUUGAGACCGCAGUCGGAUGUGACGGACAGCCAAUUCAUGCUUAAUAUGUAUGAACGCAAUGUCCAGAUCGAGAACCUGUCCGCUAAGAUGGCGCCCAUUCUUCUGGAGAUUGUCUUGAGUUCACUGCCGGCCGGCGUCCAGAUGUCGGCUCACGAACACAACCCAUCGCUUCACGAAGAGUCGCGAUAUAUACCGGACCUCCAAUUGGCUGCCUUUAAGACAGAACUUCAGGAAAUAAAAGGAAAUCUCGAGGAAGAGGUGAUCGAAGACCCCAAAGCAAAGAAAAAAUAA